CGCUAAUUGUCAUUGCCGCGGCUCAACGACACGUGUCUAUAGGAAACACCAUGGUCGGGCCAUGAUUGGAAUUUAAAUCCGCGAAGUCAAAUUUUUGUCUGAAUUUAUACAUAUAUUUUAGCGGCGCGACAAUUUGAAUCGCUGCCGUCGAUAUUUUUCUUGAGUUUGACGUGCGCCAUCGUCGCAUCAUCUGCUUUUAUUAAUCACGCACGAUCCACAAAGGAACGGUCAAGCAGAAAUAGCAUACGCGCCGCUCACCGGCCGAUACUCAUCUCCGCACGAGAUAGAAGCCGCAGAGCGCUGUCUCCAGAUCACCAUUAGAGAAUACGGCCAGAUACAAUGCACGAUAAGAAUCGGGAAGCACCCGUCGUUUACGCGAAACGCGUGUGUUGUACGUAUUUCCGCGACGCAAUCGCUCGUGAUAAAUCGAACAUGAUCUGGGACAUCGUCUCGACGUUAAUAGGUGGAUCAUCAAUUGUGUGGACGUCCUCGAGCAACGUUAUGUAAAUGUUUCUCGCGACAUCCGACAAUCCUGGUUAACACCGACAAUUGCUACUUGCGGCUCGUAGUCAGGAAUUUUGUGAUUCCCGAAAGAGCAGAUCGUAAGGUGAAAGAGCACGGUCAUGGUCUUGAGCGAAACGCUCACAGACUCCAGCUUCUUGGCUAUCACACCGUUUAAGAUCAAAUUUAAACCGGUCAGUAAGCCUCUCACCAAACCCCAAUCUUCGACGAUGGUAGGCAAUCGUAGAGUGAAGCUCGUGGCGAGCAAUGAAACUACCACCACGUCGAUGAACACCGGCAACAACCACGUUGUCUCCACUAUACAACCGACCACCACUCAGCAAAAAGUUCAACGAAUCCUCGAGGAGCAGGCAAGGUGGCAAGAGAACGGUUCACGUAGACGCGUCAAGUGCACAUCGGGCACUGCUUGCUGCGUGGUUAACAACUACAGCAUCAUCGCCUCUAGGGGCGAACUCGCUCGAAAUAACCGCGCCGUGAGUGAAACAACGGCGACCAGCGUCAUCGCCAAGAAACGGGCAUCGUCGAUCGUCAACGGGAGGAUCCACUCCAAGGAGGAGACCACACGGAACGGCAUCCUCGCCGAAGAAGAGUCGAGGAAACCUAAGAACGGGUCGAAGGAUUCGACAAGAUCGAGAGGAAUAACCAAGUCCGCUUCCGUACCUAAGGAUUUGAAGGAAAGUCUUCCAGCGAGAGAGAGAACGUUACAGCGGGUGCCGGAGGAGGGCAUCCUGAAGAGGUCUUCCGCCUUCCUGACGAGCUUAGCGCAUCAUCCCUCCAGCAAGCUCGUCGCCGAGAGGAACUCGCCGGACGACGAGUCGAUCAAGUUCCUCAGGCCAUCCGAUCGCUACGAGCUCCGCGCUUCCUCCUCGUCCUCGAGAUACUCCGGUCUGAAGGGAUACCUCUCGAUCCUGACGAACGCUCCUGGCGACGACGCGCAAGUGCGCGUCCUACGACAGUCGCCCAGCGUUCAAACCCUGUCGACGAAGAAGAAGGGCGUUGGGGUGAAGAAAUCGGUCUCCUUCAGCUCCGACACUAGCUUCGAGGAGAAACGCGCGCCCUACCGGAAGACCGCCGUCCACGAGGCCAAGAUUUACCGCAAGGGCGUGCUUCAAGAUCGCGUGCGCGAAGAGACGAUUAAGUCAAAAGUGCCACCCUCGUGGGAAAUACCCUCCGGGGGCCCUACGGCCCUCCUGAGGGCCGCCAGAGAGGCGGACGACACCGGUCUCAAGGAGAUCGUCGCGCAGGCUCGGAAAGUAGGACUGAAGGGUAUGGAUGUCAACGUAGUCGACAGUAGUGGCAGGACGGCCAUAAGUUACAUGGCCGGGAACGGUGCAUCGACGAUGCUGGAACUGGCGCUCUCCUUCGAAGGCGUGGACCCGAAUCUGCCCGACAACGAGGGUAACACGCCGCUCCAUUUUGCCGCCCAAGCCGGACAGACCGAAUGUCUCAACAUCCUCCUGCAGAGAUGUCCGGAUAUCGAGGUGGACGCAAGAAACAUCUUGGGCUUUACGCCGCUCAUGAAAGCCGCCCUUCAAGGUAGAACCAAAUGCGCCAAGAUUCUUCUGUUUGCCGGUGCAAAUCCUACGUUACGCGAUUACGGUAGAGGUUUGAGGGCCGAACAGUGGGCGAGAUUCUGCGGCAGAUACAUGUGCGCCGAAGUGAUCGAGAGAUUCGCGAGACAUCGUCUAUUGGAGAGGACGACGUCGUGUCGUUGGGGCAGCGAGCCCGAAUUGGCUGCGAAAAUAUUACAAGGAAAAGUGACACCCAUACCUACAACGCCUCUACCGCAACCUUCCUCGGGAUUGAAGUCGAAAAUAAGGAAAGUCUUUCGCACUACCUCAAGUCCAGAUCGAACUUACUCUCUGGUAUCACAACUCACCAGCGCGGCUCUCUGUGCGAGCAGUCCAGCUCUGCCGAAACCGUCACCUGUUGUAAAGAGUCUUCUGCGACCACUGAGUGUACCCCAAUUAAGGGUGACAUUGGUUUCGCCGCAGGAUUUCUUAGAGAAGACCUCGGAUAAGUACGGGACAAAUUUUACGGGUAAAAUCGAGAACUCCAUCGCGAAGCCGCCGCGCUCGAAGAAGAAGAGCAAGUAGUCUAAGGUGAAGCUAUAUUGCGGUCUCGAGCCGCGUUUAGCCCGUUUUGCGUCGAACAAUCGCGAAGGAAGAUUAUGCAAGUAUGCUUGACGUAAGACAGCGAGAUGAGUGAUUCGUGAUCAUCCGUUUGAGAUCAUUUACGUGUUAUCCGAUUUCACUGUUGCCUAUAAUCGAACGGUCGAUCGUCAUCCGGAGCCGCGGUCCUCUAAGUAGAUCUCUAAGUAGGUUUCCCGAUUUUACCUCGCCAAGAAAAUAUUAGCGAUGCAUUUUCCUCGGACGUAAACGUUCGCGAAGAUCAAAGAGAGAAGAUCCUCGAAACUCGAUAUCGCUCCCGAUAAAUCACAAUUACCAACCGAUUCGGUGUUUGAAGUGUUUUCAUGUUUACAGGGUCCGUGCUCGAGAUUGUUUUUGAUGUAAACCAUCGCCACGGCCGGAUGCGCAAACAUUCGGGAGGGUCGAAUUUUAUUUUUAGUUUAAGCUUAGAAUGAAUCGUGUGACGUGGCGGAAAGAGAUGCAAGUGCGCAAACGCGAUUACGGGAGAUUCUGCGAAAUCGCGUCGAAUGAUCGUGAUACUGGAAGAUCCAUUAAAAGACUUCCCUGCCUUCAUUGUCUUACCGGUAAAUAGAAUUUCGAUUUUUCCAAGAAACGCAAGUGUGAUCUUGAAGCGAACUCCGAUGUAGUUUACCGGUUAAGAAGAGAAUGAGAGAUAGAGAGAGAGAAAGAGAAAGAGAGAGGGAUAUGAUUGAAAAGCAAACUUGCGAUCAAUAUAUCGCAAGUAUUCUUUUAACUUAUAAUACACGUUUUACCUACAAGAUUUUAUAUCGAUGCAGUUAUUGUCAGAGAUGGUUGUUUAAAUAAAUGUCUUAUUAAUCGACUGUUUGAU